GAAAAUAGUUGAACAGGAGGAUAGCUUUUGAUCAGUGCUCUUCUUUAUAUAUAGUUAACACUUUACAUUUGUUUAUUGAGGUGAUUGACGAGAUAAGGCAAAUUGAAGACCCAGACAUGGCAAAACGAUCCGAAGGUUUGCUGCUUGUCGUGUUAAUAACCUGCUGUGUUUUGAUGUCGUUGUCGAACGCUAAGCGGAGACCAAAGUCAGAUCGGUGCCUAAAAAUACGUCACGGGAAAAAUUGCACAGACCAGGAUGACAAGAAUAUCACUGAAUGUUGUCUUAAGAAAUAUAAACUGGGCUUUGACGUUUUGCCGUCCAGCUUUAAUCCCUCUGUCGAAGACCCGCCAUCUUGUGCCCUUGACGUGGGUUUGGCUCAAUGCCUCCAGGACAGCAAAUGCUUCCGCAAACCGUUAACCAGAAACCUUCGCCUUCUCAUGUUCAACCAACUGAUUUUCACCAACAGAACAGGACUGUGUACCCGAAAAAACUUUAAAGAACUCUUAGAAGAAGCUAAGACAAAAUCCGGUGCAGAGUUCCUCCAGAAGUUGCAGGCAAUCGAGGAAAUGAAUCGGUUUGAACAAUCAGGAACUCCACCGAAGGCAUUAUUGUUUCGGACGAUAACUAUUUACGAUGGAUUUGACCGUGAAAUUUGCGCUAAAGAAGUGUAUGGGAGAUGUGGCAGUCAAUUCAGCAAAAAAUUAAAGACUAACCCAGGAUACGAUGUACUUAAACUGUGCAGAGUGUUUGCUGAAGAAGGGAGUUGCACAACCACAGAAGCUGAGAAUUUUAAUUGUAAAGAAUCCCGACUCCUCAAACGGUUCAAAGAAAAUUCCCGUGAAGCAGCUUCGGUGGUUUUAAAAGAAAUUUGUCCUUCACCCUGAGGAAAACUCGUCGGUUAUUGAGCUAAGAGAGUUCUGAAAAUAUUAAAUACAAUUUUAGUUCAGCCAAAAUAGUAUCCUCUUAUUGAUAAUGAUAAAGUAAUCAUGGUAAUGAUAUCAAUACUAAUGACAACAACAACAAUCACAGCAACACUAAUGACGACGAUAACAGUCAUGAUUGUAUUCAGGGUAGGAUAACAAUGAAACACUCAGCCCUAUUAAUGGCCACACAGAGGUAAUAUUGAAUCAAUUUUUUUGCAGCAUCGCUGGAAAUUAGCUCUAAAUAUGCUUUCUAAAUGUAGUUAUUGCAGCAUGUACCUAGCUCAGUCGUGAACGCAAUAAAUCGAUGAUUACAACACUAAUGA